CUGGUGAAGACAGCAGACUUGGACCCCAGGCAGAACUACAUCUUUGGUUUUCAUCCCCAUGGGAUCCUGGUGGCUGGAGCCUUCACUAACUUCUGCACUUACGCUACAGGCUUCAGGAAACUGUUCCCUGGCCUGGACAGCUUCCUGCUGAUGCUACCUCUCUGGUUCAGAGUCCCCUUCUUCAGAGACUACAUCAUGAUGGCAGGUUAGUGGGGUUGGGGUUAGAGGUCAAGGCAGGGUUACUGUAAAACACUUUGUGACAGAUGUUGCUGAAAAGACCAAGAUGGCGUCUGAUUAAUUGAUUGGUUGAUUUAUUGAUAGAUUGAUGAUAGCAUGAUACAAACAUGUUUGAGUUUGAUCAUCGUUCGACAGUGAAGAAUAGUGUACUAAACUUUUCCCCCACUGUAACCAACACCUGACCUGAGUGUCUACUGUGUGUCCCAGGUCUGAUUCCCUCGGACAAGGGGAGUGCCAGCUAUCUGUUACGUCGACAGGGAGGUGGGAAUGCCGUUGUUAUAGCAGUGGGAGGAGCCCCCGAGGCCCUGGACGCACGCCCUGGCGCCUUCACCAUUCUCUUAGCCAAUAAGAAGGGCUUCGUCAAACUGGCAAUGGAACAUGGGUAAGACCAGGGCCAGAGGUGGCAGAGUACAUUUUACUGCCUGUGUCUCUGAUGAAAUCUUAUAUCUACUCUCAUGGUUGCACAAGUGACUUCAACUGUGUCAAUCACUUCAUCAUAGUUUGAUAUUAAUGUUCACAGUGUGCACUUGUGGAUGGCUUCCUGAAAUAGUAACUUGUGUAAGCCCUUUGGGAAUUUCAAUUGGGAGCAUGCAAGCACUGUAUGACAUACAGAGGGACAAGUCAAGUAACACCAUUGAUUGAUUGAUUGAUUGAAUUUAUAAGACCAUUUUUUAAAUACAUACACCAGCCGGUGACACCUCCACAUACAAUCUAAGAAAAUCAUCAAGGAUAUCAGAAUAAAGCUUAAAAGCUUAUUUCCAUUGUGGUCCUUUUGGAGGGGGAAGGGGGGGGUGUCACAAUGUCCAAGCUAAGAUUUCGAGUUUUGGUCUUUAGUCUGUUACUGUAACCUAACAGCUUCAGACACCUCCAUAAUUUACUCGGAUUGUUCCUGUUCUCAACAAUUUUGUCAUUAAAAUAAUAUUUAUUGGCCUUCUCUAUCAUCCCAUUAACCUCAUUUCUUAAUUUCUUAUAGUCAAUAAAAACAUAAUCUGCCCUGGAUUUCCUGAACUCCAGAAAGCAUUAAUUUCUUCGCUUAAUUCCCUUUAAAAUGUUAUCGCUUAUCCAUGGUUCUGUUCUUUGCUUAAUUCAACCACAAACAAAACAAUUCUGGCGCCAGCUUGUCAACAGCAUCUAAAAACAAAAUUGCUCAAAUAAGCAAAGAGAAACGACAUUACUUUAAAGACAUGAAGGUCAGUCAAUCCGGAAAAUUUCAAGACUUUUGAACAUUUCUUCAAGUGCAGUCGCAAAAACAAUCAAGUGCUAUGAUAAAACUGGCUCUCUGUCACGACUUCCUCCGAAGCUGCCUCCCCUCCUUGUUCGGGCAGGCUUCGGCGUUCGUCGUCACCGGCCUUCUAGCCACUGCCGCUCCAUAUCUCAUCAUUCCAUUUGUCUUGUCUUGUCAAUUACACACACCUGGUUCAUAUUCCCCUCAUUAGUAUGUGUUUAAUUGUUCCCUCUGCCCCCUUGUCCUUGUGGGUGAUUGUUGCAUGUGAGAUGAGGGUAGCUCGGUGGAGCUACCUGUACUUUGUAUUGCCAGGGUAUAUUUUCCCCGUGUGCCUGUAUUUGUUCCAGUGCGCCUGUUUUGCGCACUGGACUGUUGACACUAUCCAGUGUAACCAUGUACUACGGAAUAAACUCUGUAUUCUGUGAUUUACCCUCCUGCGCCUGACUCCUUCAAAUCACACUCUCAUGAGGACCGCCACAGGAAAGGAAGACUCAGAGUUACAUGUGCUGCAGAGGAUAAGUUCAUUAGAGUUACCAGCCUCAGAAAUUGCAGCCCAAAUAAAUGCUUCACAGAGUUCAAGUAACAGACACAUCUCAACAUCAACUGUUCAGAGGAGACUGCGUGAAUCAGGCCUUCAUGGUCGAAUUGCUGCAAAGAAACCACUACUAAAGGACACCACUAAGAAGAAGAGACUUGCUUGGACCAAGAAACACGAGCAAUGAAUAUUAGACCGGUGGAAAUCUGUCCUUUGGUCUGAUGAGUCCAAAUUUGAGAUUUUUGGUUCCAACCGCCGUGUCUUUGUGAGAUGCAGAGUAGGUGAACGGAUGAUCUCUGCAUGUGUGGUUCCCACCGUGAAGCAUGGAGGAGGAGGUGUUAUGGUGUGGGGGUGCUUUGCUGGUGACACUGUCUGUGAUUUAUUUAGAAUUCAAGGCACACUUAACCAGCAUGGCUACCACAGCAUUCUGCAGUGAUACGCCAUCCCAUCUGGUUUGCGCUUAGUUGGACUAUAAUUUGUUUUUCAACAGGACAAUGUCCCAACACACCUCCAGGCUGUAUAAGGGCUAUUUGACCAAGAAGGAGAGUGAUGGAGUGCUGCAUCAGAUGACCUGGCCUCCACAAUCACCCGAACUCAACCCAAUUGAGAUGGUUUGGGAUGAGUUGGACCACAGAGUGAAGGAAAAGCAGCCAACAAGUGCUCAGCAUAUGUGGGAACUCCUUCAAGACUGUUGGAAAAGCAUUCAAGUUGAAACUGGUUGAGAGAAUGCCAAGAGCGUGCAAAGCUGUCAUCAAGGCAAAGGGUGGCUACUUUGAAUAACCUAAAAUCUAAAAUAUAUUUUGAUUUGUUGAACACUUUUUUGGUUACUACAUGAUUCCAAAUGUGUUAUUUCAUAGUUUUGAUGUCUUCACUAUUAUUCUACAAUGUAGAAAAUAGUAAAAAAUAAAGAAAAACCCUUGAAUGAGUAGGUGUGUCCAAACUUUUGACUGGUACUGUAAAUACAAACUCCCCCGCCUUUGCGAUUGUGGUCUCUUCUAAUUCAUAAAUAACUUUCUACUUCAAUCUCAUCGUUUUUUAUCUAACCAUCUAGCCAUGUUUCGGUAAAGCAAAGCACUCCCGCCUUACAGUUAUUGGAGAGUAGGCAAAUUUCCUCGAUCUGGGGAAGAAGGCUUCAAAUGUUGAGAUGAAGGAUGUGUAGUCGUCUCGUAGAAAACCCCUUUUCUAGAUGAUGCAAUCUCUAUUGCACUCCACACUGCCCUUUCCCACCUGGACAAGAGGAACACCUACGUGAGAAUGCUAUUCAUUGACUACAGCUCAGCAUUCAACACCAUAGUGCCCUCUAAGCUCAUCACUAAGCUAAGGAUCCUGGGACUAAACACCUCCCUCUGCAACUGGAUCCUGGACUUCCUGAUGGGCCGCCCCCAGGUGGUAAGGGUAGGUAACAACACAUCUGCCACACUGAUCCUCAACACGGGGGCCCCUCAGGGGUGCGUGCUCAGUCCCCUCCUGUACUCUCUGUUCACCCAUGACUGCAUGGCCAGGCACGACUCCAACACCAUCAUUAAGUUUGCCGACGACACAACAGUGGUAGGCCUGAUCACCGACAACGAUGAGACAGCCUAUAGGGAGGAGGUCAGAGAUCUGGCCGUGUGGUGCCAGGACAACAACCUCUCCCUCAACGUGACCAAGACAAAGGAGAUGAUUGUGGACUACAGGAAAAAAAAGAGGACUGAGCACGCCCCCAUUCUCAUCGACGGGGCUGUAGUGGAACAGGUUGAGAGCUUCAAGUUCCUUGGUGUCCACAUCACCAACGAACUAUCAUGGUCCAAACACACCAAGACAGUCGUGAAGAGGGCACGACAAAGCCUAUUCCCCCUCAGGAGACUGAAAAGAUUUGGCAUGGGUCCUCAGAUCCUCAAAAAAUUCUACAGCUGCACCAUCGAGAGCAUCCUGACUGGUUGCAUCAUCGCCUGGUAUGGCAACUGCUUGGCCUCCGACCGCAAGGCACUACAGAGGGUAGUGCGUACGCCCCAGUACAUCACUGGGGCAAAGUUUCGUGCCAUCCAGGACCUCUAUACCAGGCGGUGUCAGAGGAAGGCCCUCAAAAUUGUCAAAGACUCCAGCCACCCUAGUCAUAGACUGUUCUCUCUGCUACCGCACGGCAAGCGGUACCGGAGUGCCAAGUCUAGGUCCAAAAGACUUCUCAACAGCUUCUAUCCCCAAGCCAUAAGACUCCUGAACACCUAAUCAUGGCUACCCGGACUAUUUGCACUGCCCCCCCACCCCAUCCUUCUACGCUGCUGCUACUCUGUUAAGUAUUUAUGCAUAGUCACUUUAACUCUACCCACAUGUACAUAUUACCUCAACUACCUCAACUAGCCGGUGCCCCCGCACAUUGACUCUGCAACGGUACCCCCCUGUAUAUAUAGCCUCCCUACUGUCACUUUAUUUUACUUCUGCUCUUUUUUUUCUCAACACUUUUUUUUGUUGUUGUUUUAUUUUUACUUUUUUUUGUUUAAAAUAAAUGCACUGUUGGUUAAGGGCUGUAAGUAAGCAUUUCACUGUAAUGUCUGCACCUGUUGUAUUCGGUGCAUGUGACCAAUAAAAUUUGAUUUGAUUUGAUUUAGGAUAAACUUCAACACACCUAGGAGUAUAAUGGAAACUGGGUCUGUGUUCUACAAAUAUACUGUACUUUACAAACACAUAGAGAUGAUCGUAACAAAGCUGAAGGCCAAACUCCUGUCUCAACUCACCUCACCUCUCCUCCACCCCUGUCCUCUCCACCCCUCUCCUUCACCCCACUCCUCUCCUCCUCUCCUCUACCCAUUCGCUCCCUAGUGCCCAUCUGGUGCCGGUCUUCUCCUUCGGGGAGAAUGAGUUGUUCGACCAGGUGGAGAACCCUCGAGGCACCUGGCUCCGCUCGAUUCAGGACAAGCUGCAAAGCAUCAUGGGUAUCUCUCUGCCCCUCUUCCAUGCGCGGGGCGUUUUCCAGUACAGCUUUGGUAUCAUGCCCUACAGGAAGCCCAUCAACACUGUGGGUGAGUAACAUUCAAUGUCACUCUGAAUUUCUGCCUCAGACAUUGGUUCCAUCUCAUAGUCAAGUAGACCAGAUAACUAAGCAACGUUUAAGAAAUGUUAGGCCUUGCCAGUUGGUCUACAGUUGAAGCCAGUGGUUAUCAGUAGCUGUCCACUAUAUCUGCCAAAUAUUCUUUGCCUAAUUCUCAAGCUUUCUCCUAUUUCUAUGUUGCAAAGGCAAUUGUUGUUUUUGGCAGAGGUUUCAUAUCAGUAAACUAACUGGCAGAGAUGGCUAUCUGUCAUUAAACAUGAGGAACAUUGAUGAGAGAGGGACAGAUUUGCCCUUGGAAAUAUUUGACUUACCAGAAUGUUACUAGAUAGUUUGAUUGCGUCAGUUUGCCGCAACCUCUCAGCAACAGUGGCUGGCACACGGUUAGUUAGCUGUUUGUGUACAUCUAUUGGCAAGGCCCAACAAUGGCAUUUUUAUUUGGCCAUCCACACUUGUCAUGAGUAGAAGCAUAUCCAAAAAGCAAAUACAUUUUUGCCCAUUAUGCACUACUACCAGUGGCAUACCGCAGUUUCACAAGGCCCGUUUUUGGUUUGGGAGCUCAUGAGCCCUCCAGAGCUCAUGGGCCGCCCUGCACUGUGUGGUACGCAGGGUUUUGUGGUACGCCAGUGACUACUACAGUAACCUAUAUAUGAACGUAAUGUCAUCAUGCAUACCCUUGGACCUCUCCACAGUGGGUCGGCCAAUCAGAGUGGAGAAGAAUGAGAAGGCCACAGUGGAGGAGCUGGACGCCCUCCAUCAGCUCUACACAGAAGAACUCAGCCAGCUGUUUGAGGAGCACAAGGGCAAGUAUGGAGUGCCAGAGGACCAACACCUCAGCUUUGUCUGA